CCCAUUGUCGUCUACCUUAGCAGCUCAGACUAGUUGUGGCGUUACGAAAGUAGCACAAAAGGAAGGCAUCAAGGACAGCCGACAGCAGCUGCUAGCCGGGUAUCUAGCAAGUCAAGGCCAUUACGUCCUACCACCUUGUGAAUCGGAGACCUUGGCUCAAUUGCAAACCAAGGAAGUAGGUACAGCCUGUGCGACCCGAGACGUAUAAAAGCCUCUUUUCUGCGACCUCAACUGCAUAACUCAAGCUCUUUCAGUUGACCAUUCAGGAAAUAUGUCUGGCGUAGAAACAUUCUCUGUUCCGUUGUCUGCAGAGGCUAUCUCCUCCGCGUGGCUCGCUGCAUUUGUUUCUGACAUAUCCAGCCCCAGUUUUACUCUCAAGCACUCGUUUACGAACGACAGCUACUGGCGAGAUGUCUUGGCAUUCACUCCUGAUUUUCGCACCUUGCACUCAGUUUCAAAAAUUCAGGAUUUUUUUUCAGAUCCCGUUGCCCUUGCACGGCCAAGUCAGUUCCGACUCUUGUCAGGUGUUCGUCAUCGGCGCAUUAGUCCUACAAAGACGUUCAUCCAGGGAAUCAUUCAAUUCCAUACAGUCAUAGCGCAAUGCUCUGGCGUCUUUACUCUGACUCAAACUGAGGACUCCUCAUGGAAGGCUUGGUCCUUCGUGACCAUGAUGGAUCGGUUGUCCGGCGUGGUCGAUCGCUUUAAUGCACACACCCCUCUCUGUGGUCCUGCCGAGUGGGACACUGCAAUGGAGUACACAGCGGUCGUCGUGGGUGCAGGUCAGUGCGGCUUAUCCGUGGCCGCCCGUCUGGAGAAUCUCGGGAUCUCUACACUUGUCUUGGAGAGGUCUGGCAGAAUUGGUAAUAGCUGGCGUUUUCGAUACGAUUCACUGGAGACGAAUACUCCGAAGGCGUUCAAUCAUCUUCCCUUCGUCGAAUUCCCAGAGGGAUCCGGAAAAUACACCCCCUGCAGAGACGUUGCUGACUAUCUCGAAGAUUACCAAAGAACUCUUGGUCUUCACGUGUUGACCUCAGCAAGCAUUUCUGCCGCUUCAUAUGAUGCUUCGUCAAGUACCUGGACAUUGUCUGUAUCUCUUCCAGGGCAAGCCUCUAUUACCGUGACGGCCCGGUACAUGAUUGUCGCAAUAGGCGUUGGCACGAUGGGAGGUGCACUCCCGUUUAUGCCUUCGAUUCCAGGAAAAAGCUCCUUCCUCGGUUCUGUCAUCCAUUCAAGCGAAUACAACUCCCCCUCCUGCGUCGGCGCGCAGAAAGUCGCCGUCAUCGGCGCAGGAUGCUCUGCGCACGAUAUUGCUCAGGACAUGGCAACUCAUGGGUCUCAGACAGCGCUUGUCCAGCGUUCCUCGACCCUCGUUGUGAGUCGCCAGGCGAUCGACAGCCUGCUUACCGGAUAUGUCGGGCAGGACGUUCCUCCGACAGAGAUCGCCGACCGCUUCUAUGUCGCUCUCCCCUUGUCAGCUCAACAGAAUCCCCAGUACAACGCCAAGGAGAUAUAUGCCCAUAUUGAUCAGGACCUCAGGGAGAACUUGUCCCAGCAUGGAUAUCUCCUUCCCGGCCCUGAGGACAACUUUGUUCACCGUCUCUAUGUUCGACGAGGUGGCUAUUACAUCGACCGGGGUUGUGCAAAGCUCAUCACGUCUGGCAAGAUCACCGUCAAGUCCGGGCAUGAGAUUUCCCACUUCUCCCCUUCCGGGUUGGUAUUCGAUGAUGGUUCGCAAGUAGUGGCCGACCUUGUCAUCUUCGCAACUGGGUACUCGAAACCUACAAUCAAAGAAGUCACUGAGAACCUUUUUGGGCCCCAGGUCGCUGAUACCGUCCACGACCUCGGAGGAUUAGAUAGUGAUUGUGAGUUCGCAGGUAUUUGGAGGCCGACUGGACACAAUGGACUCUGGUUUGCAGAGGGCGAUCUCUUUGCUGCACGGUUCUACUCCCAGUUCAUGGCGUUACAGAUAAUGGCGAGGGAGAUGGGAUUGCUAAGUCCAGACCAGAAAACUUACAUCGCAUGUUGA